CGUAUAUUUCGUUGCAGGGCUGCUAACGCGAUGUCCUUUUGUUUGUCAACAAAUAGUUUAACUUUUUAAAAUGUUAUACCAGUGAUUUAGAUAAAAAAUGUGUGUUCGGUGAUUAGUUUUGUGUUAUUGUCUGUUAUAAAAUGAGAACGCUUAAAGUUUAGUGCAUCAAAAUGGAUGGAGCGAACGCAGAUUCGGAUCAUUCUAUGACUUGGGAAGACUUUUUCGGAAGUACAACAGACCUCACUCCCACUCUCAUUGGAAUAUACGACGCCCUCCUCGAACCAGCAAAGAGUUUAAGGUCAGAUGCGAUCCGCCUAGAAACAGCCAAAGAUGCUAGGAACGACCCACCAGUACAAAACAUUCCAAAAACAAUGACAGAAGAUAAGGACAGCGCGAAAGCAGACGUUUGCUCCAGCCCACCAAAAGACCCAUCGAAAAUCGCAGGCAGCGUCAAACUUCCCAUUGCCUCGCUUAACAAAAGUUCCCUCUACAACAUUCGAACUAAAAGUGAUAACAAUGGUGCUAGUGAUAAAUGUGACUUUACCAGUGAUGUCGAUGUUAAUAACAAACCGCAAAAGGUAUUCAAAGAAACGAAAACAGAAACUGCAUUCGAUAACCUUUCGCCGAACGUUAAACGAAUGUUGUCCAGUGCAUCUGAGACAACGACGUUGCGAUUUCAAAAGAAAACAAUCAGUAUUGCUAGAUCAUCAACUCGUAAAUGUAAUAUUCCUUUAGUUGGAGCUACAUCCAAAAUAUCUCAAUCCGGUGUCGAAAUAUUGCCAUCAGUAGAAAUUUAUGAUCAGCCAUGCGGACUAAAAUCAUUUGGCAAAAUACCGGAUGAAAAAGUAGAAUCUCCCCAAAAAUUAAUUCGACCGGAAUUUAAAAUUGAUGAGCCAGAAACAUAUGACGUUCCCACAAAUAAUCAACUGGCUAUAUACGAUGUACCUAAUAAUAAUAAAACCGCUUUCGAAUCAUUAUCCUUGCCAUACAUCGAUCAAUCUAUCGAACUCUCUAUAACUUCGAAUGAUAGAGAAUUCGAUAUAAAACUAUCAUCAAAAGACAAUUCUCCAUUGAAACCUGAAAAAACAUCAACGCCUGAGGUGUCACCGGCGAAAUUUCCAAAAACAAAUGAUGCAGUUAGUACUCUUCCUCGAAAAGAACCAAAAGAGGUAUCGAAACAGCUUAUGAAAUCAGGUCCUUUUCCGCAAGCAAUAGGAUCUACGGGAAACUUGAAAUUGGGAUCAGAGAAAGAAGUGGUGCGACUCAAUCCGCCUGUACAAGUGACUAGACCGCUUUCCAUGAGUUCCAUUGCUUCGUCAAGUUCAACAUCAAGCAGUGGUGUUCAAAAUAAGGGAGGAGUGAACUCCGCAUACCUUGCUUCGAUCGAGAGCUUGGACGACCAUAGUGAUGUGGACAUGACAUCUGCUAAUGGAAGCAAUAACUUUGUUAAUAACGCUGGGGUGUUGAAGGCGAGCAUAUCAGAAGAGAGUCGAACGGAGACGAUACCAAGACAGAAUGUAUUCGAGGAGCUAUCUGGAUUAUCGCAGCUGGAGCGGGUCUGUGCUGAAAUAGUGCAGACUGAGAAUGUUUAUGUUGAAGAUCUGCGACAAGUGGUCGAGGGAUACCUGCAUGUAUGGCGAAGGGACUCAACGUUUUCGGACGAUGAGCUAUCGGAGCUGUUCAACAACAUCGAAGAUAUUUACGCAUUUAACAAAUCGCUCUGCACAGAGCUAAACGCCUGCCGCCUAGACGCAACAUGCAUAGCGCGUUGCUUCGUAAACAACACUACUGGUUUCUCAGUAUACACCUCUUACUGUACCGGGUAUCCUCGUACUAUGGCACGAUUAGCAGCACUAGCCUCGAAAUCACAGAGUGCAAGAGAGUUCAGAGAGAGACAACUGGAGUUAAACCACCCUUUGCCACUAGCGUCGUAUUUAUUGAAGCCAGUGCAACGGAUUUUGAAGUAUCAUCUGUUGCUACAGAACGUAGUAAAGCAAUGUGCAUCCUGCGAGACUGAGUACGCACUACUCAAGAUGACAGGGAUAGCGCAACACAUUGACGACAUGAAGCGACGGCACGAACAUGCUGUUAGAGUGCAAGAAAUCCAAUCAUUACUAUACGGUUGGAACGGGCCGGACCUGACUACAUAUGGAGAGCUGUGUGCCGAAGGGACAUUUAGAGUUUUCGGCGCGAAGGCGAUGCGACACGCCUUCCUCUUCGAUAAAAUGUUGCUAGUUACAAAAAAUAGAGAAGACGGCAUUCUUGCGUACAAGUCGCAUAUUAUGUGCAACAACAUGAUGCUAGUGGAAUCUAUAGCGGGCGCUCCGCUAUCGUUCCACGUGAUACCGUGGGACGCUCCGAGAGCACAACUCACGUUACAAGCGAGAUCGCCGAGACAUAAGCGAGAAUGGACCUUAUUGUUAAAACGGGUCAUACUAGAAAACUACAACGCAGUUAUACCAUCGCACGCGCGUCAGCUUGUAAUGGAGUUGGGACAGAAUAAAACUGAUGAUGAUAUUCUAGCGGAGAAAUCACACAACCUCAUAUCACAAGCGUCGAUGCGUAAACAACUAUCUGCGCCCGAGUAUCUCGAAAAACGUAAAUUAGAACGAGAAAGGCGAAAAUCAUUCGAAAACGGUAUACGAGGAAGAUUGAAGAAAAACAGGAAAAAUACCGUUCCAAAUUCAAGAGACACCAGUCAAGACUGUGAUUGUGCUCAAGUUUCCAUCGAAAAAGGCACAGACUAUACAUGCGAUAAUUGCUACAUAGAUCUGUGUUCAGAUUGCGAAGGAGAUUCCAAAGAUAAAUGUAACUGCAAAAAUGAUGUUGUGUCCACAGAAAAAUGCCCAGAAUGCGAUCGAGCACUACAUUACAUUGAUUCUGGAAGCGUUGAACAUAUAGAGAGAAAGCCCAGUUGCAAAUGUUCAGACUUUAAAUCUUCCCAAGAAAGUGUUAGCAAAGAAUUUAGUGGAUCUUUGAAUAAAACUAGAAACUUCCACUCCUCUGAUAAUAUCGUGGGAUAUACUGAAACGAAGAGCAAGGAAGAUCUAACUGAUACUUUAGGCGUUAAAAGACAGAGAACAUGUCUUAAAUGUGCGAAAAUUAAAGAAAAUAUUCCAGUCACUGAUUCUAUGGGAACGCUUCACACGAGGAAGUCAAGGUGUAUCGAAAAUGAUAAGCACAAAACGGAUACCUUAAGAUCAAAGUCCAAAGAUGAUCCUCAAAGAUCGAAACUUUCUAAAAUUGGUACUUGGAGGCGAAAAUCUGAACCAGGCUUGCAACAAAAUGCACAAGCCUUCCUUACAAAGCGAUCUCAAGAUAGUGAUAGUGAAAGAAAUGACGGUCGGAACGAUAAGAUAGAAUUUGAAUGCCGUAACUGUGGUUCAAAUAAAAUCAGCAAGAAAAUGAAGUCUAGCGAACUCAUUUCUGAUAAUGAAACGGAGAAUAGAAAGCGGAACGUUAUAUCAAAACAGAUUCUAGAAAUUAAAAUGUACAACACUAAAAAUAUACCCAAGAAAAUAUCGAAAAUCAAAAAGAAUAGAGCUAAAGGACGUUUCGGGACAGAUACUACUACAAGAUUUUAUACUGAUUUUUCAAGUGAUGUAUCAACAGAAAAUAUUUUGCAUAUAUCGGAGUCGAAUGAUAGCCUCAAUGUUGAUAAGCCAAAACUAACAACACAGAUCUCUUUACCGGACAAAAUCAGUAAAGAUGAAGAUAUCGAUGAAGAGACGUAUAAAAAACUAAUAGAGAAAACAGAUUCAUUUAAAAAGAAUGAGUUGGAAAAAGUCAAGUACUUAAAUAAACAAAAAAUCAUUAACGAAGGAACUGAAACUGAGGAGAAACCUAGUGAAGUACAAGAUGAUAUCCAAGAAAGUUGUGAAGAAAAUGAACAACCGUUAGAACAAAUUAUAUCUCAACUUCUAAUGCAAAAUAGGGAAUUCCAGAAGCUAUUGAAAAAACAGCAACAAAGAAACAGCGCUCAUAGAAGACAUCAAAGACUAUUAAAAUCUCACUCGAUACCUGAUCAAGAGAUACUUGCACGAAGCGAUUUAACCAAAUUAAAACCCAAAUUUACCCGGCAAAUGUCCGAAAAUCUAGAACUUUCGAUCGACGAAGAUAAUAUGGAUGAUAACGAAGUGGUUGAAAUGGAUAAAGAAAAUGUAAUGUCAGAUGAUGAUCACAUUUACGAAACACUAAGAAUGGAAAAGCGCGUUGAAGAAAGUUUACAUGCACUCAAUAUCAAAAGUAAAAUAAUACAACAUCAGCCUCAUUUACCUAUUAAAAAGUCACCACCAAGUUCCUUAACGCAAAUUACAUCAGAAAUUCCGAGACUAGGUCCCGAAUCUGACUAUGUUUAUUUGUCGUUUGAUGAAAUUAAAAAGAAUCGAGACGCAUUAGACGAUGGCAUUUAUGAUGUUCCUGUAAAAACACCUGAAAAAGUGGUGAAUCCACAUCCACAAAAUAAACGCAAAAGUUCAGAUUACUAUGUAACAAUGGAGAACCAAGGACCACCUGUCGCUAAUGAAGAAAACCUCUACGAUAAUUUAAUAGACGUAUGUAGACGAAAGAAAGAAGUGCCCAAUACUUUACCUACUGACUAUUUACCCAUGAAUCCAGAUCAUCAAAGUCCAAACACACCUGAGAUUUGGUUGAGUCGUCAAAAGGACCAUUUUAAUGUUUCAAGAGAUAGAAAAUCCGGUUCGUUGCCUCGAAGUUUCCAAGUACCAACGAAUGGUCAAGAUGAAACUAACUUAACUACGUUUAAAUGUAAACCAAACAGUAAUAGUAAGACUUACCUAAAUAGAGAUGGCAAAGUUAUGAGCGUUGAUCGACCAUUCACGAUUGCAGCAGAUCAAAGUGAAAUAAGUUAUGAUGAUGUAGAAGCAUAUAUGAGUGAAAAUGAUAUAUUAAAAUUUAAUAAGAGCACUAAGUCUACUGACGAUUCGCAAAACAUCAGUAAAUCAACACUAGAACUUGAAGAAGAAAUAGAUCGAUGCUAUAAAAACAAUUUUGAAAAGAUUAAAUUAGACGCUAAUAAAAAUGAAAACAUUGUUAAUUCUCAGACUAAUUUAGACAUAUCAGUGACAUCGUCAUGUGAAGCCUUAACAAUUCAACAGAAUAACACAAAAAUUGUGGACGUUAUACAUCCAGAACAUAAAAUUUAUAAACCAAAUGGUAAUGUGCUGUCACUGAAAAAUGUUUUAAGCCGUUUCAAAAACCGUACACCACCUAAAAGCGAAGAAACAGAAGUAAACGCUAACGAUACCAACAAUCAAGAUACUAAAACUGAUCUAAAAAGUCCAACAAGCGAAAAAAGAUCUGCUUUAAAUCCAAGGAGUUAUUCUAAAAACUUGCUACAAAGAUUCCGAAGCAUUAUAGGCGAUGAACAUUCAGAUGACAAUCAAAAUAAAAUCGAUCCGAAUAAACCAUCAAAGCCAUUCGACGCUAACGAUAUCAAAGUUAUUAUAACAUCAACAGAUAACAGUCCAACAACUUCGACUAUUCUUUAUUCAGCUAACGCCGAUGCUUUGAGUAGAAGUGUAUGUGAAAAGAGUACAAUAAAUGAAAAUCAAAUAGAGAAAAACAAUUUAGAAGUUAUGUCACAUAGCUGUGAUAAUCUAAACCAAAAGCCUACAUUAUUCAGACCUCCGUUUGAAAAGAGCAUGAGCAUGGUGACAUCGAUAUCAAGUUCUAUGAGCAGUACGCCCUCUCCUUCAAAAUCAAAUAAUAGUUCCUAUCAAAGUUUGAAUAAACUGCCUAUUUAUAUGCAGGGUAGUAAGCAUUUAGGCGCUAGGAUAGCCCAGUCAGAUUACGUAGAUCCAACAACUUUAAUUAGUGAGAAAAAUGAAAUGAAAAACAUCAAUGUGCUAAUCAACAAAAACGCAGUGCGACCGGAUAGUCUAUUCUCAAAUUCCUCAUUUGUUACUUCAUCCAGUGAAAGUACAUAUCAAGAACCACAAAAUAAAGUAACUGUGUGUCAAUCAGUUGUGACUGAAUCUACUGAAUCAAGCCAUAUCAAUUCAGAUGAAAGUUUUUAUGAGAAAACAUUUGAGAAGCUUGAACAUUUUACUGGCGAAGAUGUGUUUAGAGAUUCAGCUGUUUAUUCUGAUCAAGAAGAAACGGUUGAUAAAGAAACUGAAAAUAAAGUAGUGAAUAAACCCUUAAAUCGAGUUGAAAGUAUCAAGCGUAAUUCUUCAUUUAAAGCAAAGAAAACUGUCAUUGCCAGUAUAUCAGAGAAGGCUACAAUUCAAACCGUUACUACGAGUAAAGUUCAAAAUGUGACUAGUAAUAAAAGUAACAUAUCUAGUACAGAAAGAGUAGUUAAAACUAAAGUUGCACCUCCAGUACCUAUAAAACCUAAGAUAACCCAAAUACCGUCGGUAUCUACAGUUCAAACUAAAUUAGUAGCUAAUAAAAACAUGAGUAAGAAUAAAGAACAGUCUUCAUCUACAGAGUCUGUGAAUACACGAACGAUUAAACGAAAUACAGCUGUGAAACCGGCAUUUACAAGAUCAGACUCGACUCCUAUAGCGAAGAAUGAAGACAAACUAAAAAGUAAAGCAGAAACGAAUACAGUUAAAGAAAAACAAGAGACGAAAGAAUCCGAAGAAGAAAAGAGUACAAUUCAAAUGACUAGACUUACAUUCGAACGAGCGAGUUUAGAUUCAGCCACACGAAAACGUGUUGUUGAAACCAAAAGAUCAUCAGUGGAACAGCCAAAACCGAAAUCAGUGUUAGAAAGGCGAAUGGAGAUUGAACAAAUGUCAAAAACACAAACCAAGCCUGUACAGAAUAAAAAGCCGAUACAACCGGCUAAACCGAAGUCAAUUACAACCAAAGUAGCCUCCUUUGAAAGAACUACAGAUGUAAAAGAAAUGGCUACAGUGAAAUCCAACAUUCCCGCAAAUAAAAACAGUAUUACUGAAUCUGAAACCACCGACGAACAAAAGGGAAGCUGGGUUAAACAAGUAGUCAACAAAUUUCAAUGAUGUACUGAGCAUUUAAACGAAUCCGUCUCAAUUUUUUACUCCCGUUUUCCUCUUUGGAGUCCUCCUUGUUAUUUCGUUGUAAAUAUUCCUUUUUAUAUCAAACCUCCUUGGCUUGAUGUUUUGUGCCAUAGACAAGGUUAUAUUUUUAUAGUAUGGCAACAGCACAAAUACGCACUCGCACAUUUGUAUAUAAAAGUAUUGUUAAUAGAUUUAUUUUGCUAUAUUAUAUUUAUUGAAAAGUGCCAUUACAUGCACUUAUGUUCAUAAUAAUAUAUUUGCAAAAUAUAUUUCCUCGUGCAAUGAAAUACGUUCGAUACUUAAAAUAUUUAUUUUUUAGUUCAUAAUCUUUGUUGUGUAGCUACUAACACCAAAAAGUAGUUCGUUUUAGUUUAAUGUAGAAUUUUCAUUUAUUUUAUGUUUUAUUUUUAAUUAACCACUUAAUUACUUAAUUUACAAUAACAGUUAUUAGCGAAUAUAAAAUCUCAUGUAUUUUUAAGAAUUCAAAAACUUACUUUUAGUAAUAUGUAUUGAAAAACUUCCGUGUAGGCAUAUGUUGCCAGACAUUAAAUUACAAUAAUUAUUAAUCUGUGCACAUUUUUUAUCUGUGCCUGUACCUACUCUGUAGAAAAUAUUAUAAGUUAACCUUUUGAAGACAAGUAUACUUAAUAUGUGGAGACUGUUAGCAAUAAGUUUAAUUUUUUCAAUUAAUAAACUGAACUAACCUUAGUAUUAUUAAAAUCUCAAUUGUAUUCAUGAUUUAAAUGUAUCUAUCGAAUUAUAUUAUACAAAUUGUAAUGUUUAUGAUUUAUGAAUAUUAUUGCAGAGUAUUUUUUUUUUCAAGUUUAAAACAUUCGAAAUUGAAAU